UGUGGGAGGGGGGGAUUAUUAUGGGAUGUCUGGCCCUUUGUGUGUUUGUGAGGAUGUUAGCUAAGCUCUGCCUGUGAGGUUGGGGGAGAGAAGAGGGGAGCAACGUGUUCUGGGUCAUUGACGGAUCCUUUUUUUUUUUUUAUUCCGCUGAUCAUUGAUUCAGCCGGGUUUCACGAAUGAGCGCAAAAUGACAACAACUGCCGCACAAACAGCCUGACUUCAUUGUAGCGCCGAGAGAGAGAGAGAGAGAGAGCGAGAGAGAGCACACCUCGACCCGGGACUAAGCUCACUCACCACACCCCCACCGCCCCCUCCCUUCCUGGACACCCCCCGGUCCAUUCUCCAACAGUCCCACGUCAUUUUCCCUCCUCCCUCGCCGACCGAGGAGCAAGGUUUAGGAGGGAUUAAUUCGACAAGCAAGACGUACAAUUAAAACGCUGCCAACAUGUCGGGCAGCGAGGAUGAGAGGGAGGACUUCGGAGCCGCGGACGAGCCCUCACUUCUUCACGGUGAGGAGGACGAGCUCGCGGAUGCUGUGUCUGACGUGGAGGAGGCUCCCAAGACGAAGAAGAAGAAGAAAGCCAAGAAGAGCAGCCGAGAGAGCAGGAGCAGCAAGAGGCAGAGGCCCGUCAGAGAGGAGUUGCCAGUCAGCUCCCCAGAGCACCUGAUUGGAGUACAAGCAGCAGAUAGAGAUGCAGAAGAGGGAGGUGUGCGGUCAGCGAGUGAAGGAAGUGAUUAUGCCCCCGGGAAGAAGAAGAAGAAACGUUCCAGCAAUGCCAAAGAUAAGAAGAAGGGAAGUGCGGCAGCAGAGAAAGGAGCCUCAUCCAGCUCAAAGAGCAGACGUAAAGAUCCAGAACCAGAAGAUGAUGAUGACGAUGACGACGAUUGCCAGCCUAAAAGCUCCACCCAGCUGUUGGAGACCUGGGGCAUGAAAGACAUUGACCACGUCUUUACUCAGGAAGACUACAGCUCCCUCACCAACUACAAGGCCUUCAGCCAGUUCGUCAGGCCUUUAAUUGCAGCUAAGAACCCCAAAAUCGCUGUGUCCAAGAUGAUGACCUUAAUGAUGGCUAAAUGGAGAGAAUUCAGCACCAACAACCCUCUCAAGGGAUCCGCCACUGCCAAUGCAGCCCUAGCAGCUGCCAAUGUGGCUGCAGCUGUGGAGAACAUGGUGGUGGCAGGAACAGACGGAGGGCCAGAGACCAGUGCGGCCGCUUCACCUGCUCCUGCUCCGGCCAUUGCUCCGACACCUGCUGCAGCGCCGGCACCUCCACUCCGCAAGGCCAAAACCAAAGAGGGGAAAGGUCCCAAUGCUCGCAAGAAGUCAAAGCCCGCAUCUAAGCCUGCGCUGAAGCCCAAACCUAAGAAGGUGGCUCCACUAAAAAUCAAACUAGGCAGCCUCAACAGCAAGAGGAAGCGCUCUUCAAGCGACGAAGAUGAACCCGAGGUAGAGAGUGACAUUGAAGACGGGAGUUUCUCGGUGUCGGAUGGCUCCAACCGCAGCAACCGUCCUAAGAAGAAACCCAAGAGUGCGAAGAAAAAGAAGAAAGUGGAAACGGAGGACGGCGAUGGCUACGAGACAGACCACCAGGACUACUGUGAGGUGUGCCAGCAGGGAGGAGAGAUCAUUUUGUGUGACACCUGUCCCCGAGCUUAUCACAUGGUCUGCCUGGACCCUGACAUGGAAAAGGCCCCUGAGGGCAAGUGGAGCUGCCCACACUGUGAGAAGGAGGGGAUCCAGUGGGAGGCCAGAGAUGAGCUCUCUGAGGUCGAAGGGGAGGAAGAAGAAGACAGGAGGGAUGAAGGGGUGGAGGAGGAAGACGACCACCACAUUGAGUUCUGCCGGGUGUGCAAGGACGGAGGGGAGCUGCUUUGCUGUGACACCUGCCCCUCCUCCUACCACAUCCACUGCCUCAACCCUCCUCUCCCUGAAAUUCCCAAUGGAGAAUGGAUCUGCCCCCGCUGCAAGUGUCCACAUAUGAAGGGCAAGGUCCAGAAGUUAAUAACAUGGCGGUGGGGGGAGCCGCCGGCCCCCACGCCUGUCCCUCGACCUGCUGAUCUCCCUGCUGAUGCUUCUGAUCCCCAGCCGCUGGCAGGCCGCAGGGAAAGGGAGUUCUUUGUCAAAUGGUGCAACAUGUCUUACUGGCACUGCUCCUGGGUGCUGGAGCUACAGUUGGAGCUUAACUGCCAGGUGAUGUUCCGCAACUACCAGAGGAAGACCGACAUGGACGAGCCGCCGCCUGUGGAUUUUGGUGGUGAGGGUGAUGAAAACAAAAGCACCAAGAGGAAGAACAAGGAUCCUCUAUUUAUCCACAUGGAGGCAGAGUUUUACCGCUAUGGAAUCAAAAUGGAGUGGAUGAUGAUCCACCGCAUCAUCAACCACACUGUUGAUAAAAAGAACAACAUACAUUACUUGAUCAAAUGGAGAGAUCUGGCCUAUGACCAGGCAACCUGGGAGUGUGAAGACAUGGACAUCCCAGAGUUUGAUACCUACAAACAGACAUACUGGAAUCACAGAGAGUUGAUGAUGGGUGAUGAGGGCAGACCUCUUAAGAAGCUGAAGAAGACAGUCAAAAUCAAGAAGGCAGAGCGUCCCCCUGCUAAUCCAGUUGUGGAUCCUACCAUCAAGUUUGAUCGUCAGCCUGACUACCUGGAGAGCACUGGAGGCACCCUGCAUCCAUACCAGCUGGAGGGGCUCAACUGGCUGAGGUUCUCUUGGGCUCAGGCCACAGACACAAUCCUGGCCGAUGAGAUGGGUUUAGGAAAGACCGUACAGACUGCAGUCUUCCUCUACUCAUUGUACAAGGAGGGUCACUCCAAAGGUCCCUUCCUGGUUAGUGCUCCCCUUUCCACCAUCAUUAACUGGGAGAGGGAGUUUGAGAUGUGGGCCCCUGACAUGUACGUGGUGACAUACGUAGGGGAUAAAGACAGCAGGGCUGUCAUCAGGGAGAACGAGUUCUCCUUUGAGGGAAAUGCCAUCCGAGGUGGGAAAAAAGCUUCCAAGAUGAAGAAAGAUUCAACAGUCAAGUUCCACGUCCUGCUGACAUCUUAUGAGUUGAUUACCAUCGACCAGGCUGUGCUGGGCUCCAUUGAAUGGGCCUGUCUGGUAGUGGACGAGGCUCACAGGCUCAAAAACAACCAGUCUAAGUUCUUCCGGAUUUUGAACAACUAUCCGCUGCAACACAAGCUGCUGCUUACUGGCACUCCUCUUCAGAACAACCUGGAGGAGCUCUUCCACUUGCUCAACUUCUUGACGCCAGUGAGAUUCAACAACCUGGAAGGGUUCUUGGAGGAGUUUGCAGACAUUGCCAAAGAGGACCAGAUCAAGAAGCUCCAUGACAUGCUGGGACCACACAUGCUCAGAAGGCUGAAGGCUGAUGUUUUCAAACACAUGCCUUCAAAGACUGAGCUCAUUGUUAGAGUGGAGCUGAGCCCCAUGCAGAAGAAAUACUACAAGUUCAUCCUAACACGUAACUUUGAUGCCCUGAACACUCGUGGAGGAGGAAACCAAGUGUCUCUGCUCAACGUGGUGAUGGACCUGAAAAAGUGCUGCAAUCACCCCUACCUCUUUCCUGCAGCUGCCACAGAGGCACCAAAACUUCCGAAUGGCAUGUAUGAGGGCAAUGCUCUGACCAAGUCUUCAGGCAAACUGACGCUGCUCCAGAAGAUGAUGAGGAAGCUGAAGAACGGAGGCCACAGGGUUUUGGUCUUCUCCCAGAUGACUAAAAUGCUGGACCUGCUGGAGGACUUCCUGGAGAACGAAGGAUACAAAUAUGAGAGAAUUGAUGGCGGAGUUACCGGCAGCUUAAGACAGGAGGCCAUUGACCGCUUUAAUGCUCCGGGUGCUCCCCAGUUUGCUUUCCUCCUCUCUACCAGAGCUGGGGGUUUGGGCAUUAAUCUUGCUUCUGCUGACACCGUCGUCAUCUACGACUCUGACUGGAACCCUCACAAUGACAUCCAGGCGUUCAGCAGAGCUCACCGUAUUGGCCAGAACAGGAAAGUGAUGAUUUAUCGCUUCGUUACCAAAGCUUCUGUGGAGGAGAGGAUCACGCAGGUCGCAAAGAAGAAGAUGAUGCUCACUCACCUGGUGGUGCGACCCGGUCUCGGCUCCAAGACGGGCUCCAUGUCCAAACAGGAGCUCGACGACAUCCUCAAGUUUGGAACUGAAGAGUUGUUUAAGUAUGAACUUGGAGAGGGGGACAACAAGGAGGACGACAGCAGUGUGAUCCACUACGACGACCACGCAAUUGACGGCUUGCUAGACAGGAACCGGGAUGCUACAGAUGACACUGAGCUCCAGAGCAUGAACGAAUACCUCAGCUCCUUCAAAGUGGCCCAGUAUGUGGUCAAAGAUGAAGAAGAUGAGGAGGAGGAAGUGGAAAGAGAAGUGAUCAAGCAGGAGGAAAGUGUCGAUCCUGACUACUGGGAGAAGCUGCUGCGUCACCACUACGAGCAGCAGCAGGAAGACCUGGCCCGAAAUCUAGGCAAAGGCAAAAGAACUCGAAAGCCAGUCAACUACAAUGACGGCUCCCAGGAGGACCGAGGUAUAAGACAAGACUGGCAGGAGGAUCAGUCGGACAACCAGUCUGAUUACUCGGUGGCCUCGGAGGAGGGCGACGAGGACUUUGAUGAACGGGCUGAAGCAAAUGCCCGCAGACCGAGCCGCAAAGGGCUGAGGAACGAUCGGGACAAACCUCUGCCUCCAUUGUUGGCCCGAGUGGGCGGGAACAUCGAGGUUUUGGGCUUCAAUGCUCGGCAGAGGAAGGCUUUCCUAAAUGCAGUGAUGCGUUAUGGGAUGCCUCCCCAGGAUGCUUUCACCAACCAGUGGCUCGUCAGGGACCUCCGUGGGAAGUCUGAGAAAGAAUUCAAGGCCUAUGUGUCUUUGUUCAUGCGUCACCUUUGUGAGCCGGGGGCAGACGGCGCUGAGACCUUUGCAGACGGCGUCCCACGUGAGGGUCUGUCAAGGCAGCAUGUGCUCACCCGUAUUGGUGUGAUGUCACUGAUAAGGAAAAAGGUGCAGGAGUUUGAGCAUGUGAACGGUCAGUGGUCGAUGCCCUGGAUGGCCGAGCUGGAGGAGAACAAAAGGGCCGCAGCUUUGGCUGCAGGUGAAGACCCAAAGACUCCUUCUACUGGGACCCCAGCAGACACACAGCCCAACACUCCUGUGCCAGAAGAUUUGUCUAAAUCAGAGGAUAAGGAAGACAUGAAGAAGGAGGUUGAGGAUGGCAAAGGAGCCAAAAAGAAGGAUGAUCCAGAAAUUAUCGAAAUCCCAGAUGAGUCUGAAAAAUCCCCCGUUCUCGAAAAGAAAGAAGAGGUGGUAGACUCCGCUGCCCUAGGGAAGGAGGAGAAGGAGACGGCAAAAGGAAAUGAUGAAGGCAAGGACAAGGAGGCGGAUGAUACAAGCAAGGAGAAAGAAGAGAAGGACAAGGCUUCAGAGACGGAGAAGGAAACUCCUGCUGAGGUCAAGGGAGAAGUUUUGGAGAGCAAGAUGGAUUCAGAGGAGGUCAAGUCUAAAGCUGAGGAAGGAAAAGAUGAGAAGAUGGACAGCAGUUUGUCUCCAGAGGAGAAGAAAGAGCAAAAAGAGGAGAAGGACGCUGUAAAAACAGACGAGUCUGUCAAACUGCAGAACGGAGAGAACGCCAAAGAAGGAGCAGCAGCUGCUGCGCCGGUGGUUAAUGUCAGCGAGGAGAAGAAGAAAGCCACCAAGCAGAGGUUCAUGUUCAACAUUGCUGACGGAGGAUUCACAGAGCUUCACUCUCUGUGGCAGAAUGAAGAGCGGGCGGCCACCGUCACCAAGAAGACUUUUGAGAUUUGGCACCGUCGCCAUGACUACUGGCUGCUGGCUGGAAUCAUACAACACGGCUACGCUCGUUGGCAGGAUGUGCAAAAUGAUGUGAGGUUUGCCAUCCUCAAUGAGCCCUUCAAAGGGGAGAUGAGCAGAGGAAACUUCCUGGAGAUCAAGAACAAGUUUCUGGCCCGGAGGUUCAAGUUACUGGAGCAGGCGUUGGUGAUUGAGGAGCAGUUGCGCAGGGCGGCUUACUUGAACAUGACAGAGGACCCAGCCCACCCCUCCAUGGCCCUCAACACUCGCUUCAGUGAGGUGGAGUGCCUCGCAGAGUCCCACCAGCACCUCAGCAAGGAGUCCAUGUCUGGAAACAAACCUGCCAAUGCAGUUCUGCAUAAAGUUCUCAAACAGCUUGAGGAACUGCUGAGUGACAUGAAGGCCGACGUGACGCGUCUCCCGGCAACCAUCGCCAGGAUACCCCCCGUCGCCGUUCGGCUGCAAAUGUCCGAGAGGAACAUCCUCAGCCGACUGGCCAGCCGGGGCCCCGACCUCACCGUUCAGAACCAGACCUCGCAGCAGACGCAGGGGCCGCGUUGACCAAUCACCUCGCUCUAUUUCACUCUCACUGACUCAGGCUAGUCGCCCUCACCGCCAUGUAGCAGACGUCCCUUUCAACCACCAUGUACAGCACAGCGAGGUUAGUCCUCCUCCUUCUGCCCCCACAACCCAUUUCUGGACUCAGAAGGGCAUCAGCUAUGCUGCUGGACUUUGAUUUGAGAAGACUGGAACUGCAGAUGCAAGAUGGGAGCGAAUGGAAACGAGUCUUUCUCCUCCACUGGGAUUCAGAUGUAACUCCUGUAACCUGAGCACUGUUGUUGUGACUGAACGGUGGGCAGCGCCGCUGACCUAUCCUGUUCUGUCGUUGCAACGGGGUCAAACAUGUGUAUGUAACUGUAUGUAACAUGAAGAAGCUAGACGGGAGAAAAAGCAGCAUGCUCGGCGUAUACAGGUGCUUUGUAGUCAUUUUUGAAUUAUUGAAGAAGUCGAGGGAUUUUAUUGUGCCCAAUUUCACCUUUAGAAAAUUGUGAUUUCUUUUUAAGUCCAUCAACUCUAAUGUCUCCACCUGUGUGUGUGUGUGUGUGUGUGUGUGUAGAGAGAGAGAGAGAGAGAGAGAGAGUGUGUGUGUGUGUGUUUCCUGUAUGUAUGUAUGUAUGUAUGUAUAAAACAGGGCAUAUUAAUGUGCACCUCUACUGCAGAAUGCCCCCGACGCUGAGACUGUUACUGUCAUUUUUCUAUCAGUCACUCAGUCGUGUUACCUCUUCAUGUGUCCUUCCCCUCCAUCCAAAACCGCCACCCCUCUACGUCAGGUGACCCAAUCCAGGAUCGGCUCUCUGUGCUCAAGCCCCAACCAACACCUCGACAUUCCUAACUGCACCACAGAUUUACUCCCUGGAAACUCCCGAAAUACGGGCAUGCAAUAGCUACACAGCUUUUAGGUACAUGGGAUGGUUUUUGAGAACGAUUAAUUUAAUUUCUUACUGUAUAUUGUUCUGUUGUUUUACAUUAUUGAAUAUUAUUAUUAUGGUUACCACCUUGUUGUUUCUAUCAUUGACGUUUUGUUUUUAUGAACUACAAUAAAAAGUCAACAGCU